UCGAUGCAGGGAUCAUGACCUGAGCCAAAGACAGAGACUUUAACCCACUGAGCCACCCAGGCACCCCAUGAGUGUCAGUUUUUAAUGAUGCCGAUGAUAGUCACCAUUUGCAAAGCAAGGGUGUGCUGUAAUUUUAAAUUCUACCAGCAAUGUCGUAAGGCCUUCCAGGUGAGAUUUUCUGAAACAGAUUCUGAUGCCAUGAAAUCAACUUCGCUGUUAGAAUUUUGCUGUGACUUGAAUGGACACGUGGGCAUUUAACUUGGGAAUGCUUCCCCUUUCCAUACAGUUUGUUUUAACAGGAUUUAGUAUCUGAUUUUGAGUGUUAACUCAGUGAGAGGCACCUCCCCAAAUCUUGUUUGAAAAAUAAAGUGAUUUCUUGACAAAUGUUUUCCUUAAUAUGAGUUGUUGACCGAACACCUCCCGGGGCUGGGGGUCGUGAAGCCGGGUUGGAGGGCAGCCGGCAGGUGACUUGUGCUCCAGGCCCGGGCACUGAUGACUUCCCACACUCUGAAUGAAAUCUCCUUGAACCGCAGUGACAGUUUUCUGAAAGGUGUCUGGGAAAAGAUCUUUUUUUUUAAAAUACAGAAUUUUGACAAUUUUCUUGGAUUCCUUGACGCUUUCUUAAUAAACAGGUUUAGUCUGAAAAAGGAUCCUCAGUUCAAUGUUUUUUGGGAAAUGCUAGUAACCAAAACAAAAAAAGAAAAAGAGGGAGAGAUGUAGUUUGCCAAGGUCUCAGGCCCGCGGCUGCAGUUGGUGGUGUGACCGAGAGCAUGUGAACUUGAAAUUCCCCUCGAAUGUCUGGCAUUUCUCUUGUCAGUGGAACUGGUCGUGCUCGUUAGUAAAAUAAAGCCGCUUCGGAGAGCAGCUGUGAAGCUGCGGGGCUGGGGAAGACGAACCCUUUGCUCACAGUUUGGCACAGAGGGAGGGAUGGGGCCGGAGGGAUGGGCCUGGCCGCUCCUCCCGCCUUGGGCGUGUUUGGAGACUCCCUGAAAAAUGCAAACGACUUGAUGUCACCAAAGUGAGCAACUUUUAGAUGGGUUAAAAAUAGAAGAGUUCAGUUUUUAAAGUAUCACAUGUCUCUGGACAGCUCUGCUUUCAGACCAGGGGCUGGAAGCCAUCCCGCCAUGGGCGCCUCUCGCCUGGCCCCGGGGCGCGUGUUCUGCAUUUGAAAAGGUCACAGAAGCAGGAAAGCACAAUCUAGGGAGGACGGUAGGCAGCUUGCAAAGCCUAAACGGUUCCUGUCUGGCCCUUUACAGAAAAGCUCGCUGACCUCCACUGGCGCUCAGCGGUGUGACACGCCGGAGGCCACAGAAGCUGCUCCCCUCCGUCAGCUCCGUUCCGGGACGUGCGGCUCGGCUCUGCCCGUUGUUCAGGCACCAUUUGCCUCUGACUGGAGAUGAUGUGAUGUUUUAUUGUAAAACUCACUCACCAUGAUGGCCACACAGACCUUGAGCAUAGACACCUAUCAGGAUGGGCAGCAGAUGCAAGUAGUAACAGAGUUAAAAACGGAGCAAGACCCCAACUGCUCUGAACCCGAUGUGGAAGGAGUAAGCCCCCCACCCGUGGGGUCCCAGACGCCAAUGGACGCGGACAAGCAGGCCAUUUAUAGGCACCCGCUGUUUCCGUUAUUAGCUUUGCUGUUUGAAAAAUGCGAACAGUCCACGCAGGGCUCCGAAGGCACGACCUCUGCCAGCUUCGAUGUGGAUAUCGAAAAUUUUGUACGGAAGCAGGAGAAGGAAGGGAAACCCUUCUUUUGUGAAGAUCCGGAAACUGACAAUUUAAUGGUAAAAGCAAUCCAGGUUUUGCGUAUCCAUCUUCUUGAGCUGGAAAAGGUUAAUGAACUAUGCAAAGACUUCUGCAGUCGAUACAUCGCUUGUCUAAAGACGAAAAUGAACAGUGAAACUCUGCUGAGCGGAGAGCCCGGGAGCCCGUACUCCCCCGUCCAGUCCCAGCAGAUUCAAAGCGCCAUCUCGGGCCCUCUCAGCCCCCAGGGAAUCGUGGUGCCGGCGUCUGCGCUGCAACAGGGGAACGUCACCAUGGCGACGGUGGCAGGUGGCACCGUGUACCAGCCCGUCACAGUCGUCACUCCUCAAGGCCAAGUCGUGACACAGGCGCUGUCGCCCGGCACGAUCAGGAUCCAGAACUCGCAGCUUCAGUUGCAGUUAAACCAAGAUCUGAGCAUCUUGCAUCAAGAUGACGGCUCCUCUAAGAAUAAACGGGGCGUUCUGCCGAAGCACGCCACCAACGUGAUGCGAUCGUGGCUCUUCCAGCACAUAGGGCACCCCUACCCGACAGAAGAUGAGAAGAAACAGAUCGCUGCUCAGACGAACUUGACACUACUCCAAGUGAACAACUGGUUCAUCAACGCCAGAAGACGGAUUCUUCAGCCCAUGCUGGAUUCUAGCUGUUCAGAAACUCCAAAAACUAAGAAGAAAACUGCUCAGAACAGACCGGUCCAGAGGUUUUGGCCCGACUCCAUUGCCUCCGGAGCCGCGCAGCCGCCCCCCAGCGAGCUGGCCAUGUCUGAAGGAGCCGUCGUGACCAUCACCGCGCCCGUGAGCAUGAACGUGGACAGCCUCCAGUCCCUGUCCUCGGACGGCGCCACCCUGGCGGUGCAGCAGGUCAUGAUGGCGGAGCAGAGCGAGGAUGAGUCUGUGGACAGCACGGGGGACAGUGGGGCCGCGCUGGCCCCCGCCCACAUCAGCGGCCUCGUCCUGGAGAACAGCGACUCCCUGCAGUAGGCGCCCGCGCGGCCCAGAACCGUGGGGGGCCGGCCUGACUUCUUCCAGUUUGCACGGCAAACCUUUUACACAGUUUUAUUCUAAUAUGUUUUAUAUGUAGAUAGAGAAGAGUGCACUUUUGUAUUUCAUAGUACGCUUCAAGAGCAUCUUUGCUGGUGCAGCGACUUCUUUCGAGCGUGCGUGCGUGUGUGUGUGUGUGCGUGCGUGUGCGUGUGGGUUUUUAAGGAAAUUCUUUAAAGGUUUAACGCUAAGAAUGUGAUGAGUGGCAAACACCCCUGUGAGCCCCGAAUUAGAGUAAGGAAUAGUGCUGCCAUUUUCUAAACAAUUACGCAGUUUUAACUUAGUUCUGUGGUUGAAGCAGGUCUCAGUGGGCUGAUCUCUUUGUGCGGCCCACAGAUUCGAAAGAAGCUUCUGCGUCUUAAAGCGGCCGGUGCCAGGCGGACGCCGCACGGCGGCAAAGUGGGCGUGGCUCCGCGGUGGGCCCUCUGAGCACACGUAGGUUCUCGCACAUUCCGUGAGCCUGUUUCAUUUGCUAUAGAUGAAAAAGAAACUCCUAUUUUUACCUUGCUGGAAUUAUUGGAUAAAAACCUAUUUUUAUAAAUUCGUUAUGAAUUGGAUGACUAUAUUGAGGAUAAAAUUUCUAGAGGAGAAACAAUACAUGCUUACUACUUCAAUUUGGAAUGUUGUGAACUGACCAGAUUUCGUGAACCUGCCCAAAGUUAGCUAGCAUUCCAUGGUUCUCUGCCGUCCCAGGCUGGUGGUUCGUAUUUACGACUAUGGAGGAAGCAGCUGUUGAAUGGAAUUUGGGUACCUGCGAAUUUCAGUUGCUGCGUGAAUGCUCACCUCACAUCUCACUCUCGAUCCGGACAUAGACCCAAGGGAUUGGUAAACAGGGCUAGUGAGUCAGGUGACGCGGCGGCCAGCGACCAGAGAACAGCCACUGCCUGUGUUUCUGUCUGACCGCAGUUAAACGGUUACUGGCCCAGCUAGCUGUGUGUUGCUCUAGGACGUUUUCGUCCGCCGCGUGUUACACGUAGAAUGUUCAUCGCAAACUAAUACAAAACGUCCUCUACCCGCUGCCUCCGAGUGAGGGCCCAUAAGCCACGCUGGCUCUGUUACGUAAUUAACAUCUCCCCGAAGUGACACGGGGACCCAGACUGGCGCGACAGCGUGACGGCAGACUCUCCCGCCAUUGGGCCCCGUGUCCGUUUUCCCUCCUUGUCCGUUGUUGCUGCCCUGCCCCUCGGGCUUGCGCACACGAGAUUCGGAAUAAUUGCAGGACUUCCGUUUCCGGGGGACAAGACAAACCGGAAGAGGAGACUGGGUUUUGUUUCCUUUGUUUUCAUGUAGUUGCAAGUGGGGCUCUUUCUCAGAGCAAAACCAAGCCGCCUUGUCUCGUGAAGUCGUUACAUGGUCUGACACGGGACGCCCGCGGUCCGUGUGGCCGAACGGGAGUUCAUGGCCGGGAAAGUCGCCCGUUCUCGAGGUUCCACGGCGGUAGGUGGCUGCAGGCCGCGCUGACACUGAGGGACAUUCGGAGAGAGGGCAGGUUUUGUUCUGCAACUGACUUCUUCCCCCCAAAGUUAUUGAUUAAAGUUAAUCACGGAAGAGCAUUUCCUAGAUAACUUAGAAGACAGUUAGACAUACUUGGAGAUUUCUCUUAAAAAUAUUUCAGGAGCUUUAGAGGAGAAACACAACUGUUGACUCUUGGCAAGAGAAUCACAUCUGUAAGCAGCGGCUACAUUCCUUAUUUAUAAAUGGUUCGUAAUGUUUGCAGCAAGUCUACCCCAGUUUAAAAGAUGAUUUUAACUUGACCUGAAGUCUGGUAUUGUUGGACUUCUUGAAGCGAGGACCUGUGGAGGCCAGCCGGCUUCCUGCAGCCGCAGGUCCCUGGGCCUCCGAGCCGCCCUGCUCCUUGGGUGAGCGCAGACGUGCUCCCGGUGCAGACUCCCAGGGGUCACCGUCUCCCCCCCCCGCGCAGGGACUCCCAGGGGUCACCGUCUCCCUCCCUGCCCAGGGAUCCUGCAAGCCCGGUCCAGGGCUCCCGUGCAGAGUCCCACCCCCCACUGGCCUGAGGCCUCGGGGCCCAGUGAUGCCGUGCGCUCCCUCUGGCUGAGCCUGGGGUUCUCGGGCUCUCCGUUCUCACUGGGCUCCGAGCACUGGGAUGGGCCGUUCAGAGAGCGGCACGGAGGGUGGCCGAGGUUCCCGCAGAAUUCCCGGGAUGCGUAGGCGCCCAUGCAUGGCUGGGCACAUGGCAAAGCCGACUGGGGUCAGAGAGCCGCCACCCAGGGCACUGUCUGUCCGUCUGCAUUGUAGAAACCUCCAUCCCCAGCCCUCCGGCAUUCCAGAGCAGCUGUGCAAAGGGGACGCCAUCGAACGUUCCUUUUUGGUGAGCAGAUGCGAUUCUGACCUUCCGCUAGAAGGUGCCUUGGAUGCGUUCUGAGGCUCAGAGGAAGCCGGCCGUCCCCUCCGGGCCGCGGCUGAGCAGGGAGCCCGCCAGGCUGGGCCGCUGCCCGCCCACUCCGCCCGCCGUGCCCCGACUGCCGCCAGCCCGGGGAGGAUGCUGAGUGAGGGGGGCGGCCUGGGGGGCCUUCCCUGCGGGGCGAGCGGCCAGGGCUUGCCUUCUAGACACCCUCGAGCACACCCAGUCGGAGGGAGAAGGCCGUCUCUGGCCAGUAGUGACAGAAGUGACUCCACGGUCUGCCUUCGUUUUCGUUACGUUCGGUCUAUGAACUGACAAUCUUUAAAAUGUGAAUACUGUAACAAUAUGUUUUCUGGGAUUGUUGUCUUUCAAAGGGAUUUUUGUGAAGCAUUUGAUUUAUCAAAGCAAAAAAAAAUUAAAAAUAGAAACACGCUU